AUGUUUCUGCCAUCGACUCUGAUGAACCAAUGGUCUCGACGUUGUCUUGAGAUUGCCCGCGUCGGCUGGCCGUAUUCAUCAUCGGCCAUGGGCAGGUUUCAGGUGGAGGCCCUGGAUGGUUGGGAGGUGUCGUGUCCAAAAAGCCUCGGAACUUCGGCGAUGAAGAAGCUUGAGAUACCCUCGGCGACUUUGCUAACCUCGAUACAAGGCCAUCGCUUCAUAUGCCCCCAAAACCCACAUGUUGCCUCAGGGUUCGAACAAGCAGCCUCAGGGCAGGUCGACACCAUCAGGCGAAGAUUUGGUUGCCUUUCAUCAUCGGCGUUGACCUCAGGGCAUGCCGACAUCAUCGGGCAGCGAAGACUCGGUUGUCUUUCAUCAUCGGCGUUGAGUUCUCGAAAACAGCCUCAGAAACCGCCAAAUCCACAGAUUGGCUUGCAUCCCAUCACCGGCUGCAGAAGAAAAGACAUGGGCCAUGGUAGGCAGCGGGCUGCGCUAAACGAGCACUCCCAGGAGCGACUGCGCUCCGUGAUGGUGGACAUCUGGGCGUCCGCCGCAGCGAAAGCAAGCUCGGAAGCUGGUAUCCUCAUGGAGGGCCCGUUGAGUGGCCUAAGUUGCAGGUGGAGAGAGGUGCGAGCAUCGCCACUGGGGAAUAUAUGGCCACAAUCACCCUAG